AUGCUUUUUUACAGAAUCUGUCUUCUGGUGCAAGAUGCCUGUGGAAUGUUUGGUGAAGUGCACUUGGAGGCCGCCAUCUUGAAGGGAAGACAGUUGGAAGGGAAGUCCUGCAGACUGGUGGGCAUGAAGGUGCUACAGAAGGCCACUAGAGGAAGGACAGCGGGGCUUUUCAGUCUGAUCGACUCCCUGUGGCCCCCAGUGAUGCCUCUGAAAGCACCUGGCCACGGCCCGCCCUGUGAAGAGAUAAAAACUCAUCUACCUCUUCCUGCCUUCUGUUACAUCCUCAUGGCUCAUCCAGUUCUGGGACAAAUUGACAUCCUUGAAGAAGACCCCGUUUCAAAGCUCUACCAGCCUCCAGUUACCCGCUGCUUAAGAGAAAUUCUCCAGACUGGUGAUCUCGGUACCCGUUGCAGUUUCUAUGCCAGGGUGAUUUAUCAAAGACCACAGCUGAGGAGUCUGCUUCCUCUGGAGCAAAGGGAGAUUUGGCUGCUGGUGACCGAUACCACCCUGCAAGCGAGGGAUGAGAGUGACCCCGUGCUCCCCAAAACCCUGCCGGUCUGUGUGUCCCCCUCCUGUGUGCUGGGCCCAGAAGUCCUGGAAGCAUUCACCGUGGCUGCUCCUCAUGACAUCCUCUUCAGGGACGCUGUCCGAGACCAGGGUCGAGUUGUUUGUGUUGAGCGGACUGUCCUCCUGCUUCAAAAGCCCCUUUUGUGUGUGGCCUCUGGUGUUUGCCCCUGCGAGCUGACUGGCCCGGUGACGCUUGACCAGCUGGACUCCGUCACACCCGUCAACUCCAUUUGCAGUGUUCGAGGCACCGUCGUCGGUGUGGAUGAGAGCACGGCUUUCUCGUGGCCUGCGUGUGACCAGUGUGGCAACGGGAGAUUGGAACAGAGGCCAGAAGACAGAGGCGCCUUUUCCUGUGGGAGCUGUUCCCGGGUGGUCACGUCUCCUGUUCUCAAGAGACACCUGCAGGUCUUCCUGGACUGCCCCUCGAGACCCCAGUGCAGAGUGAAGGUCAAGCUGCUGCAGCGCAGUAUUGCUUCACUGCUGAGGUUUGCCGCCUGCGAGGACGGGAGUUAUGAAGUGAAGAGUGUCCUCGGAAAGGAGGUGGGGUUGUUAAAUUGUUUUGUCCAGUCCGUAACCACCCACCCGACGAGCUGCGUUGGAUUGGAGGAGAUCGAGCUGCCCAGCACGGGAGGAACCUCUGCAGCACGCCGGCGGCAGCCCUGCGAUCUGUGAACUUUGCAUGUGGCUACAGGGUGGUGGCGGUGAUCUGGGGUAGUUAUUUGUUAACUAUGCACAGAGCGAAUGUAGUUUAUGAUCUUGGAAUGAAACUUACUGAGAUUUUCCUGGGACAAAUGUUAAUAAAAUGGUUUUGUAAACUAAAAAUCAAAAUUCUUUCUCUACAGUUUUUUUUAUUACCUUC